AGGUAAGCUCGAUAUAGGCAGAGUGAAGUUAUAAAUUCAGCCAGCAACUCAGGUGAACUUCCCAACGCACUUAAGUCAAAAAAUUCUCACCUUAUUGUGUGGCUUCCCAGGUAUGGAGAAAAGGAGGGGACCGAAGAAGCCAAUGACGGAUGAAGAAAGAGCUGCAUUGGCAAAGAAGCUUGAUGAUGAUCUCGAACAGUUCAUAGAGGAAAUGGCCGCCAAAAAGGCAUCGGAAAAGGUAGAGAAGAAACCUUUUGACUUCGAAGAAUGGUGUAAGGACAUCGAUCAACAUCCGGCUUUUAUGAAAGAUUUGGAGACAGGACUGAAAGGACAAUAUGCGGACACGAUUGAGGCAUUGCAGGCUUUGAAAUAUGAUGAAGAUGAUGCUGAGGAUAAGCAGCUGAACGCAGAACGUCAUAAGAAGGAGGGAAACAAACACUUUGAGUUGAAGAAGUAUCGUUGGGCUACUGACUGUUAUACAGAAGGAUUGAAGCAACAAUGUUUGGAUCGCAAACUGAACUCUACCUUGCAUAGUAAUCGAGCAGCAGCUCAAAAACGCAUAGGGAAUUUACGUUCCGCCAUCAAAGAUUGCGCUAUGGCUCGAAAAUUUGAUCCUACAAAUAUGAAGGCUGCUGUUCGAGGUGCUGAAUGUUUUCUCGAACUGGGAUAUGCGAAGCAGUGUAUUGAAUGGAUUGAAUUAGCCAAAAAAAGUUUUGCUUUUGUCAAGGAGACUGAAGAAGGGGGUGACAUCAGCGAAGCGGAUCGCAAACAAAUUGGUCUUCUAGAAGAGAUUAAAGGAAAAGCCGCUCGAGUUGUGGAAAUCGAAGAACGAAAUAAACGGAAAGCUCGCGCUGAUGAAAGAAAGGAUACAGAAGCAAAACGACGUCUGCUCACUGCACUGAGUGAACGUAAGUUGAAUUUUCGACCAAGGCUACCGUUCAAAAGGCCAGAACUAAUGGACUGGUCGCUUUUGGAAGUAAAUCUAGCCCAAGCUCCUGAGCACUACCAUGUCUGUUUCAAUGACGAGGGACACCUUCAGUGGCCAUUUAUGAUUCAGUAUCCCCAAGUAGGACAGGUCGAUGUCUUGACAGACUGUGAUGAAAGAACCGAGAUUGGCUCCGUGCUACGACCCAUGCUGGAAUCUCCCGCUGAUUGGGAUAAAAAUCAUGAUUACAGGAUAGACAAUAUUCGCAUGUUUGUCUCUGAUGAAUUCAACGAAUACGCUAUGGAAGUAUUUGAAUGGUCAACUUUUGGCUCAGUAUUGACUUUGCCUGGUUUCCAAAUCGUCCAAGGUUUACCUGUCAUCAUGAUCUACACACGCGACGAGAAGAUCAACUUUCCAGAUCUAUUGUUGAUUUUGAUUGUUGAAGUGUACAUAGGAACGAUCCCAAUUAUCGCUCUAUCUGCAGUAAACAUUAAAAUUUCUUUACAAAAGGUAUAACAAUAAAAGAUAUAACAAUGUGU